ACACAGCUCCUGGGUGGGCAGAGGCGGCCGCGCAGCUUCUGGACCUUCGAGUACUACCAGGCCUUCUUCGACGUCGACACCCACCAGGUGCUGGAGAGGAUCAAGGGCUCGGUGACACCGCUGCCGGGGAAGAAUUUUGUGCGUCACCGCCUGCGCAACAACCCCGACCUGUACGGUCCCUUCUGGAUCUGCGCCACGCUGGUGUUCGCCCUGGCCGUCAGCGGGAACCUCUCCCACCUGACGGAGAAGCGAGUGUCCCCCACCUACCACUACAGCCCCCAGUUCCACAACGUCACCAUCGCCGCCACCCUCAUCUACUGCUACGCCUGGCUGGUGCCGCUGGCGCUGUGGGGGUUCCUGCGGUGGCGGCAGAGCCACGGGGCCGGCACCUACAGCUUCUUGGAGACCGUCUGUGUCUAUGGCUACUCCCUCUCCGCCUACAUCCCCACUGCGGUCCUGUGGCUGAUCCCAGCCACCUGGCUGCAGUGGCUGCUGCUGGCCGUGGCCGCGCUGCUCUCAGCGUCGGUGCUGGCCCUCACCUUCUGGCCGCUGGUCCGUGCCGAUGGCCGGGCAACCGCGCUGGCCGUGGUGGCCGCCGUCGUCUCCCUGCACACCCUCCUCGCCGUCGGCUGCAAGCUCUACUUUUUCCAGCAGCCGCCGAGCGCCAGCCCAGCCCCUUCACCAUUCCACACCACAGUGGGGGCCGAGGGGCUCCGCAGCCACGCACCGCAGCUCCCCGGCACCAAUGUCUCCCUGCCGGGCACCCACCCUGCGCGGUGAGGGGGGGUGUCCCUGGAUCGAUGGGGAGCCCCCGGCCGUGGCACCGAGCCCCUCGGAAGGACGCGGCACUGCUCGGUGCCUCU